AUGGAGGAGGCGGUGGGGGUGGCGGGGGGAGUGGGGGUGGCGGUGGGGGUGGUGGCGGAAGUGGAGGUACUGGUGGCGGCGGUGGAGGCGGAGGUGGCGGCGGAGGUGGUAGCGGAGGAGGCGGUGGGAGCGGUGGGAGCGACGGUCCUGGUGGGGGAGGUGGAGGUGGAGACGGGGGUGGCGGUGGAGGCGGGGGUGGCAGUGGAGGCGGGGGUCGGAGUGGCUCGUCCCAGCGGAGCAGCUCCGGGGGUGGGGAGAGGUGUGGAGGCGCCCACACUGCCCGCCGCUGCUUUGGCCGCCUGA